CAUAAAGAUGUUUUGUUUCGUAUAAUCAGAUUUUACUUAAAUUUUAGCCUCUGGACUAGGCUUCAGGAUACGGAUGUGAAAAAUGCGGCUGCGCUUUUCAACAUAUUUAUGUUAACUACCAAAAUAGAAAAAAAAAUGAAAGAAGCUGGAAUUUGUUUUAUAUUUUAGACCACGAAAAAAUAAAGUCAAACCUUUUUUCUUAAUUUUUAAUAGUUUGUGUAUUUGAUAAUAAAGUCAACGAAAAUGCCAGAAAAUAAAAGUAUGAAAGAUGUGGAAAAUGUAAGAGUUAUAGUAAGAUCAAGACCUCUUAAUGAUAAAGAAAAAGAAACUAACUGCAACAUAGUUGUAGUGAUUGAUGAAAUGAGAGGUUCAGUGACUGUAAAGAAUCCUCAGGCUUCACAGGCAGAGCCUCCAAAAACCUUCACCUUUGACAUUGUGUUUGGGCCUGACUGUAAGCAGCUGGAUGUCUACAACAAAGUGGCGAGACCGGUGGUGGACUGCGUGCUGGAGGGAUACAAUGGAACAAUUUUUGCCUAUGGACAAACUGGCACAGGAAAGACCUACACUAUGGAAGGUCUUAGAGCUAUACCAGAGAAGAGAGGUAUCAUCCCAAAUUCUUUUGCUCACAUAUUUGGCCACAUUGCCAAGGCAGAGGGGGAUACCAGGUUCUUAGUGCGUGUGUCCUACCUUGAGAUUUACAAUGAAGAAGUUCGUGAUUUGUUAGGAAAAGAUGAGACUCAGAGACUGGAGGUAAAAGAGCGGCCUGAUGUUGGUGUGUAUGUUAAAGACUUGUCAGCUUUUGUUGUGAACAACGCUGAUGACAUGGACCGAAUCAUGACACUUGGAAAUAAAAAUAGAUCCGUGGGCGCCACCAACAUGAACAUGCACAGCUCAAGAUCUCACGCCAUCUUUACUGUGACCAUUGAGUGCAGUGAGAAGGGACCAGAUGGGGAGCAGCAUGUCAGGGUGGGAAAGCUACAUUUGGUGGACUUGGCUGGGUCAGAACGCCAGGCCAAAACUGGAGCCACAGGUCAAAGGUUAAAGGAAGCCACCAAGAUCAACCUGUCCCUGUCCACCCUGGGUAAUGUGAUCUCAGCCCUGGUGGAUGGCAAGAGCACACACAUCCCCUACAGGAACUCUAAGCUCACCCGUCUGCUGCAGGACUCCCUGGGGGGGAAUUCUAAAACUGUUAUGGUGGCAAAUGUUGGGCCUGCAGACUACAACUAUGAUGAGUCUAUAAGUACACUGAGGUACGCCAACAGGGCCAAGAACAUCAAGAACAAGGCUAAGAUCAAUGAAGAUCCCAAAGAUGCACUGCUCAGACAGUUCCAGAAAGAGAUAGAGGAGCUGAGGAAACAGCUUGAAGAUGGUGGUGGAUCUGAGGAGGAGGGAAGUGAAGAUGAAUCAGGAUCUGAAGAAGAGAUCAUUGAUGAAAAUGGACAGAAGAGGAUGGUCAAAAAGAAAAGAAAAGCUAAACGCCACAUAUCCAAGGAGAAAAUGGCAGAGAUUCAGUCAAAAAUUGAAGAAGACAGACGACUCCUGGAGUCCAAGAAGGACAUGGCAGAGGAAGAAAGGAACAAAGUCAAAACAGACCUGGAGAAGAAAGAAUCAGAGCUGAAAAAAUAUCAAGAUGAGCAAGAACAAUUGAAGCAAAAAUUAUCAGUGAUUGAGAAGAAAAUUAUUGUGGGAGGAGAGAAUCUUCUUGAGAAGGCAGAGGAGCAGGAAAGGUUGUUAGAAGAAAGUGCCAGAGAGUUAGAAGCUCGUAAAGAAAAAGAGGAGGAGCUAAAGAGAGCACUGGAGGAGAAAGAACAAGAGAGAUUGGACAUUGAGGAAAAAUAUUCAAGUUUACAAGAAGAAGUCACGGGAAAAACUAAAAAACUUAAACGAGUUUGGACAAUGCUGAUGCAAGCUAAAUCAGAGAUUGCUGACAUGCAGCAGGAACACCAGAGGGAGAUGGAGGGACUGCUGGAGAAUGUCAGGCAACUCAGCCGAGACCUCAAACUACAGAUGACAGUUAUAGACAGCUUUAUUCCUCCUGAAUUUCAGGACAUGAUAGAGAGACAUGUACAUUGGAAUGAUGACAUUGGGGAGUGGCAGCUUAGAUGUGUGGCCUACACAGGGAACAACAUGAGGAAACAGACACCCCAACCUGACAAAGAGAAAGAAAAAAGCCCUGAGAUUGACCUGUCCCACGUAUACCUAGCCUACACCAGAGAAGGAGAAACAGACGCGUUGAAAGCCAAGACUAGCAAAGGAUCAAAGUCCAGUAGACCAAAGACUGCCAACAGACCUAAAAGUUCCAGAAAGAAGCGCAAGGACUCAAGUAUAAAUUCUCUGUUGAAUUGACUGCUGGUUGGUUCUGUCACACUGCUCACCUUCAAGUCUCUGCUGCUGUGGGAUUGUCUAGAGGGAAGGAUGCAGUCUCUAGCUUUAUUCUUGACCUUUUAUUAACACCACACAAACACAUGACAUAGUUCAGGUAUCAGGACCUAGGGUCAUUGUGAGUUUUGAUGUUUAAAAGAAUGAGAACAAGAUCUGACACCCAAAGCUGACUUGGGUUCAUACCUGGGUUCAUUGUCAGUUUGGAUGUUUAAAAAGAAUGAAAACAAGAUCCGACUCCUAAAGCAUAGUCUCACCAUCUGUGAUAUAAUUUAUCUGCAUUUCUUUACACUUAAGCUUAAUUUUUUUAAACAAAAUAGUUACUCCAACCACCUAUUAAAGCCAACUCUAAAUAAGAUGCCUAAUUGGACUAGUCUUUUCUAAUAUUAAUAUUGAAAGAAAGCGGUUAAACAUUUUGACAAACUGUUACUGAAGUCUGUUUUCAUUUUAUUUCUAGGUUGUUUGUUUUUGUUUCAGUGGCAUUAUGUACAUUUCAGUAGAGUUUAGUGGUGUCCAUUGUCAGAUGUUUUUAUGUCUAGCUAUGAGGACUCAUUCCAACUUAUUUUAAACUAGCUGUCCCAAGUCAUGAUUUUAUUUUAACUCAUUAAUCUAGGUUUUAUUUUUUGUC